UCAGACAGUUCGACAGUUUCGCUUCUACAUGAAACCUCUGCUAUUUGGUGACUAAACGGUAAGUGAUUCUUAACUAUUCAUGGAUUUAAGAGAACUUGUAGCUACGCAAAUGACUUGUUGCAAAAACACGAAAGGAAGCAUCGCUAAAGAAUAUAAAUUCACUUUUGUCACGUAAUGCAACAUCAACACGCUUGCUAGAUAUUUUGUCAUUAGCAAAUUAUUUCGCACCUGCCUCGCUGUGUUUAAAGCGAAACAUGGUGUCUUAUCUUUUUCGAGUUUCGAAUCUAAGUAAAUUGCGCACCAUGUCAGUUCGUACGCGACAAUGGUAUGAAUUUCAGCUUCUUUACGGUUUCCACUUUGAAACAUUCAAUACUUGUUAUAAAUAUCUAAUGCCCCGCAUUGCUUUGGAGCAGUCAAAGAAGUUUAUUUAAUUUAGGAAAGAUUCCUUAACUCUUGGGCUACUGACGUGGUAAAAGCUUGAAUAAUGAACUCAUUCCUAACGACUAAAGGCUCGGAUUUAACCAACAACUUUCAGAUUUCUCAAAGUAAUGUCUGCAAAACACUUGUGUCACAUAAGCCAUGCGUUUCAUAAGAGCAUUCGCGGUCGCCAGCUUAACAUUUGAUGGUGACUGGGAAGAAGGAGAAUAUAAGAAUCUGACAAAUCUUAAAUCAUUUUUAAAAAUUAAGCAACAGAAUACCGUUAUUACACAAUCAUUUUUGUAACCACCAUUACACAGCUCUUUUGAGUUCCUGUUAUGAUGUUUUUAUUGAUAGAGACUUUACAUUUUCCUGUACUUUCCUUCACGCACGUCCGCCUCUACUCCGCCAAUACCUUUUGUUAAGACGUAAGUUUCUCCAAGAACCGGUUGCGCUUCAUUGCCUUUACGCAUUUUGCUUUGAUUUAUGAUUACUUGUAAUUUGCUGUUUGUCACAGUUAACGAUAUAUUACUGAUUUCUCAGAAAUGAUAUUCCACCGACCGGGAAGGGGUCAGAGAGAGUUGUCGUGACAAUUCGAACUAAAUGACCCCUGAUUCAGACAAAGCGUAUUUAUUUUUUACACUUAUCAAGACUUCCUUCCAUGCUUUGUCACGCUGUUUUAAUGGAAUCGAAUAACUACACUGGGAAAUCCGGUUUUAGAAGUGAACUCUACAAGACUGCCCCCCUUAAUUAAGCAGCUUAACGAUGGAUAAUAAGAUCUAGACAAAGGGGCCUAGAACGUAUACCCCAAGUAGAGGCAAAUUUAUCAAGAUCGUUCGUAUCCCGCGGAACAAGAACUUAUUCCUUGAAUUUUGUCGGGAAACUUGUAGUAUGAGGAAUUUAUCACCUAAAGUUUUAGAUGAACCAAUACAAGUUUCAACAGAGAGCUAAUGAGCGAUUGAUAUGACGACAGAGGACCUUCUGUAGUAUAGGAAUGAUAUAAUGUGGAUUUGACCGCAAGCUGUCAAAAUUCUGCUUUGAAUCAAAUACACAGCUGAACCCCUCCAAGAAAAUUAAGCAUGGUCAGUCAUGGCAAUUACUUAGUUACGUCACCCAUGGCCGUGAACACCAUAGAAUGUUAUUUUGAGUAUCAUGCGUAUCUAUGAAGCUGUGAGCUCAGGACUCUAUUUCUUAGUCAGUUUUUGAGACGUUUCGGAAAUGAUGAAAAGAGAUUGGACCAGUGUUGAAGAACACCAAACGUAGAACGCAAAGAAUAUUCCUGUCUUUUCUAAAUGGAAAUGGUUUUGCUUUCAAGCGGUCGACUCAUCGAUGGUUUUGGAAUCGUAGAUGCCAAUUCAGUGCUUUUAAGAAAAAUUUGUAAUUUGCAUGCAUCGCACAGUGAGUUCCGUUUCCCUGAACUAAUAAGCGAAUUAAAGGGGGCACAGACUGAAAGUCUAUGUUGAAGUGAUUAACGUCAGUUAAUUACAAGGUCGUGGACCCAUCGCCACACUAAAAUUUAUUAUAUCGAUUCACCUUUUUCGUGUUUUAUAAACGCUGAGAAUUUGAAAUGCCAGUUGAAGGUAGAAAAAUGUUACUGAAACGCUGAAGUUCUGAACGAAACUCGUCGACCAAAACUUCUGAGGGACUCGAUAUUACUGUUCAAUAUCACAUCAUUGUUUGGAAAUAUUAUUCGUAUUAAGUUCCAACGAAGCGUUAAAACACAACAUCUUGCUUUGUUUUCUUUUUGGUUAUUAACAAUUAUUCUCAACGGGUAAAAAACCUUUGAAUCUAAAUGUGCUGAGGCAGACAAACAACAAAGAGGCAACACUGUACUUAAAGGGAAUAAAAAUGAUGAAGAAGGAUACAUAGGAUUGUGCGACACUAAACUUAAAACUUUCGGCUAAAUUUUAGAAGAUAAUAUCAUCCCCUUGGUUUAAACAAGAUUUGUAACGAUUAUUUUAUUAUACCCUUGAAAAGUAAGCAGCUAGACAACUCAUUACAGUGAAAUAAAGUGAUUAAAAACACGAUCCUUUCUUUCAAGUCGAGUAACAAAAAAGAACCGGAAAUUGUAUCGCUUGGAUCCAUUACAUAUCAUACUCUAUAAUGUUUGCUUGGUAAGUUUUGAUCGCAUAUAACAGAUCGAAUAGCGUGGAUAUUCCGUCCAAGUCAACUCCAUGUUUUAAGAUGAUUCAGUGUUGUGAAGGUAUAUUGUAUUUUUCGCGUCACGGAUAAUACCCAAAACUGAUCUUUCGCGUUCACAGAAAACAAACUAAGAGAUCACGAAUCAGGAAUAAAUUCACGUUUCCCGGGAAGAUAAAGCGCGUCAAGAAGACUUCAUGUCAUAUUACUUCGGAUAAAAGGUUCAAAAAUGGAUAUUAUUUUGUGGAACUGAUGAAUAUUGAAGGAAAGAUGAAGCAGAAUAAUAGAACUUGAUUGAAGAAAAAAAAGGGUUAGAUUUUCUCGAAUAUCUUGACACAUUUUUACAUUUAAAUUAUUUUUCGAGCCUCCAAAAUUGUAAUUUUUAAUUUAGGAAAUUCAGUCACCAUUGUCUGCAAGUUCGGGAGUUUUAGGAACAUUUGAGAUGGAGUGGCAAAUCUGACACCGGAGGUAAUUCUCGUCCUUUAAGCAAGGCAACCACAUUGUUCUUUUCAGCCGAUGAUACUGCCAUUCCUUAACACAGAUUAAUUCGUCCCUUAUUAAAUCACAAGGCAAAAUAAAAGCCGAAUUUUAAAUCAAAGUAACUAAAUUCUGUCACUUUAUUGCAAUAGCAGCACGUGUAGUGACGCCAGUAAGUUGAAUUCGCUUAUUCCUUAGAUAAAGGCCGAGCAAGCUACGUAUUUUUAUUCAAAAAAUCGUCCAUCAAAAACAACCAAAAUAGUAACACAAUAAAACUUACCCCGCGCAAAAAUCGUCGUCGGCAGGGAACUAAAUAAUGCAGUCUUCUACGCGCAGACCCGCGCGUUAAUCGCGCGUGACCCGCCAUUUCGAUUGUUUUCGUAACAUUUUUCUUUAAUACAGCUGUAGUUUUGUGUUGUAAAUCUAACACAACUAUGCAAACUGCUUAGAUACUGUGGAAAACAAAAAGACAGGUUUUUACUCAUGUAAGCAUGACGGUAAGUUACGAAACGUCGAUUCUUAAAAUAAAUUUUUGGAAAUCCGGAAUUUGAUAUCGUUACUAUUACUCAGUAGUAUGAACUCGGAAAUUAAUAUCAUGUCUGAGUGGCUCCAAAUCCUUUUGGUGGAAAUCAAAUCUUCUGUCAAAAAAAAUGAACGUUUUGUCCUUUUUAAAAAGGGCCUCACAGGAAGAAAUGCUGGAUAAUUGUUGUUUGUUACUCUAUCUUCUCAAACGAAUACGUGUCGUUUUAAUAACGCGAUGCUUAUAUGAGGUCACUCCGAAAUCGAAACUGAUCUUGACUAAGAGCAAAAAAGGAAGUUGUUUCCUUCAACAACAACAAAAGCUAGAAAUAAACCAAAAACAGUCACUUCUCUUCCCGUCCUGUUCCAGUUUACACGUUCUACACAAUCUCCCGGUUGAGUGCUUUCCGAGGUUGCUAAUCCUGGUAAGCGAAAUCUCAUUAAUUUCCUACUUCCUUCUUCAGAAAGUUGACUCCAGUUUUGGAAUAUAUUGCAUCCUUUUUUUGUUAUCAUGUUUUGUAGUAAAUGGUGUUCGUUUAUUUAAGAUCACGCUUCGGAGGAAAAUAUCGCAGUGAACUAUAUUGAAACCUGGGUUUUGGAGCAAUUUUGCUGGUAAGUUACCCUAAAAUAAGCACAACCUCUUUCUGCUUCCUCUUUAAGCUGGCUAUAAAUUUGAAGACGUUGUUUCUUUUAGGAAAUAAGUCGAUAAUUGAAUCCUCGACUAACCGAUUUUAAUUACUCGCUUUGAGAUAUUUACUGGAUCCGUUUUACUUAAUAUUAUGGCUGAACAUUGUAUUGGUGCUGUCGGAUUUAUUUUUCUGUCAAAGCCUCUCUCGUCAAACGUUAGGUAAAAAUUUCGUGACUCAUAGAGGCACUUUCUUCGAAGACUUGAUUCGUAAAUAAUCUAAUGAGGUUUGAAGCUCAAGCUAUAGGCUAUAUGAUAAGCCACACACUGAAGUUUAAGGAUCAAAGACGAAAGCGAAGAAACACGCUAAGUGAAUUGCUUCUUACGGAAUAUUUAGAUUGCUAUGAUGUUGAAGAUUUACGGCCAUUUCUUAGUUCAGCGCGGUGACUGUUCGCGGCCAACAGAAUAUUGUUUGCUUUUAUCGAUAACAACACACUUUGAUCCUUUGUCUGAAUUGUAACUUCAUCUUUCCAGCAAGGUUGCAAAAAUGCUGUGGUAUGUCACGUAUGCUAGAAAAAAAAACGAAAUGCCAUAUAUAAAAGACAUGAUAUAAAGUUUUUCAAAAUAGAUGUGGAUGAAUACCUUUGCGAAUUUACAGUUGUUUGCAAAAGUCACUUUUCUGAAAGUUCCUUUGAAUAAAAAUAAGACUGUCUCUUUGGUGAGUCAUCUAUUAAACACGAUAUUGCUGAACAAUAAUAAGGAAGAAGGAAACACUUUUGUGAUCUUAAUAAUCAAUACAACUCAAGUUGCCCCAAAAUAACAUAUGCAUCCUAGUUCAUAUCCUUCCGCCAUAGCAAAUUUCAUCGGGAAAGUUUUUGCUCGGUUUUUUUUUAGUUCCUGUAUUUCGAAGAUCUUAAAUUUAUUGAAAAUGUCUAAUAAGCCCUCGUCGGCAUGAAUCAGGGAAGUGAGAAAUUUUUCGGUAAAUCUUGGAGUUACUUUACUGCCAGAGAAACAUCGGUCUUGGUCUUGAUCGUAAGGCUCUUCCUUUAAAACUUGAACAUCAAGAAGACGCAACAUUAGACUUCUUGACGUCGCGACGUCUCGUUUAUCUUUUUACUCAGUGUUGUGUAACGAGAAACGUUCUCACUUAAAUCAUCAAGUUUGUGAGUGAUAUUAUUUGUGAGGAAGAAGACUUUGUUGUUGAAGUAUAGGCUAAAAGCACCUUCUUUUAUCUGCUGAAACUUAAUUAAGGUUUGAAACUACGACUUUGACAAAGAUAUCAGUUUGAAGAAAUAAUACCUAGUAUUUUCUUACCGUUCAGCACAGCGACUAGACAACGACGGACAGAAUCUGACUCGCUGAUCUUUGAUCGGAUUCUGCAAGGAACUCAACCAUGUGUUUAUAAAGGAAUAGACUACAAGGAUGUUUUUUUUUCUUAUUUUCAAAAAAUUGCACUUUUAUGAGAGAGCCAAAAAUGCUAAACACAUUUCUCUCCGUUCACCAUGUUCACGGCCUUAGAGGAAUUUGGCACGUACAAAUUGUUUGUGAAAUCAAAGGUUAAACACAUCUGUUCUUGUCACGAACGGAAGUUCGCCAUGUUUGAUCAAUGCCAUGUGAGUUGGAGCGCUUGUUGUCUUGGUGACGUAGAGUGAAGUCAAUAGGGGCUUACCACUUCCCCUAGUUAAUUUAUGCUGUGAGAAAGGAUGGUUGUUUUAUCUAUGCAAUACUGUAAACAUGAAUUAAGUUUUUUUUGUUAACAUUCCCAAUUCACGCAGGUUUAAAACCUGAAACAACGCAAUUCGUCAUUGGGUCAGUUUCUGACGUUACUUUUAACACCAAUGGCUGAGCUUAUUGAGGGUGAAACUGUUCAUGAUGAAAUUAAAAUAUCACACGAAAAGAGCUUAGUAGUUUCGUGGACUCAACUAGUAAAAAUCCCUGCGGAUACUUACAAAGGAAUGAUACUCAAAAAACUGGCAAGAGAAGUAGUGGACUCCAUUAUCUAUAAAUUUGGUAUGAAGUUACAUGAAAAAACACUGUCAUUUCCUGGCCUGAGUUAUUGCGGGGGAAUGUGUCUGUAUAUUAUCGGAGCUGAUUUACAAUCGAUGCUAAUUUCUGAUUAUUUCUUUUUCUGUUCUCUUUUUCUCUCUCUCUGUCUCUUCCUCUUUGUCUGUCUGUCUCUGUCUUUCCCUCUCUCUCUGAUGGUCUCUGCUCUAAAUGGUUUACCCUUGUUUUCAUCUUUGUAACUUCGUGGCACUUCAGUUUUCGUGGCUUCUUCUGUUUCAACUUCGGGGGAUCCAAUUCACUAGUGUCCAGUCUUUGUUUACCUCUCAUAGCUUCUUGGUACUUAGGUUUCUCAGGCACAAUGAAGAAUUCUUUCUCUAGGUCAUUUAAAAUACCUAUGUAGGGUUCUUUUUUAUGAGCAAAUGCAAUUAAUGAUCAGCAGUUCUGGACGAUAAAGAAGAAUAGUAUAGUGUACAAAAUAUAAUUUUAUUUAUUCAACUUUUUUCAGCAUGGCACAUCUUAUAUGUUGUGUCAGUUCAGUGACAGACAAUUUCCAGUCAUGUUACCCACGACAAGGUUUUUCAACUUGUCUUAGGGUGAUAUUUUCUCAUCCUUUUUUUGUAGCAAAGUUUCCAUCCCAUGGCAUGGCUUGGUCAUGGCCUGGGUUGACUUGGUAAAGCAUGGUAUGACUCAGUCUACCUUGUCUUUCCUUUGUUUUCAUGGGGUGGUACAAAUUGCCACACUAUUCCAAGUUUUCUUUUAAUCAGAGUUUGAUUUUCAUGGCCUGUUAGAAUCUUUCAGUUCUCUCUUAAUUUCAUGCGAUGUUUCAACCUUCAAAUUUCAUCUUCUGCUUGUAAUUGCUCAUGUUUGUCAUUGGUGUCCAGGUGCACAAUAACUCUUUUGUUUCAGGCACAAAACUGUUAAUGUUAUUGAACUGCCUUUUAUCACAAGGCAGCUCAGUUUAUCUUCUUGAUAAUUUCCUUUCUUUCUUGUAACCUAUUGCUUUUUUUUGACGUAGGAAGUGCUUCUACAUCAUUUUUUGAUGAUAUUAGUCGCUAUAUAAACCUGCUUUAUUUGGAGAAUUGUUUGUUUUAAUGCAGAAGGUUCCAGGGUAACUAACCUCAGGGCUUCUGUAGCCCAUUCGUGGCUUUCCUCAAAUACUACUACUACCUUUAAUUUGUCUGUUGAACGUAUAUUUUAAUCUAAAAAGGCUUGAAAUACUUCAGUAUAAUGAUAUUAAACCUUUACUUGAAAUAUGGCAUAUACAUAAAUUUAUAAAUUUCACUCUGACUCAAAACUUAAACUCGGUUAAAGAAAUUAAACCUUUUAUUAAAAAGAUACGUUAUGACCUAGCUGUGUUCGUUAAUUCUAAUCCUUUUCGGAAUGUUAAAUUGAAAAUUAAGUUAUAAAGCAUAUGGCAAAUUCCCAACCUAUGGUUCUAUACAAAACAAUCGAAAACUCUGUAAAACACUGUCAGCACGUUUCAAGCUUGUAGCUUGUAACACUGUCACCGGACGUGGUGGAAUAAAUCAUUUAAAUACUGGGGGACUUUAGGUUUCGCAGAGAAGGCUUCCGUAUAUUUUGCGAAUUAAGAUUUAUUUUCGUUUGUAAACAAAAGAAUCGGCGGAAGUAUAUAAGGUCACGUUCACUCCAACGACUUAGAAUCGUGACCAGUUCUUUAAUGUCUCCGAAAUAUUUAGCAAUAUAUGUUAGGAGAUAGUUGUGGAGAUUUGAGCGAUGUUGAGCAGAAGAUAUUUUCUAUGCGAACUAAACGAAAUAUCAACCAAUGAAUCUCACCGAUUUUAGGCUUAGACAGUUAUAUUUUUUAAGAACAGGUAACAGAAUGUUGAAAGCUUCCUCGUUUUAAUGUCUUCGCUCGUAAAAUUUUUACGACGAUAUACACGCCUCUUGUUAAAUUCCAAGCUCAAAAAACUGUAUCCAUGAAUUACUGGGGCUUUCACUUUCGAGUAAUACCUCGAUUCAGAGUAGACGGGAAAUAUAGACCAGAUAUACACCCUUAAAUACCAUAUAAGCAGAAUUUAUGUUUCCGGAUCGCAAUGUUUCGCUAUCAAAUCAGUGAUAUCUCGUUCGUUUACUGAGUUUCGUUCUCUUGGUCUGCGGGGAACCACUGAUAUUCUGUAGAAGAUAAUAGGGUCUCAAGGUAGGAAAGGGUAAAACAUUUUACCUAGCUGGUUCGCAGCUGAAUGUUUACAGCUAAAUAGAACACUGUGCUUCAAAAGAAAUUUGCGCCGAUCAAAACAGUGACGGACGAAGUUGGUGAAUGAUUUGCACUGGAAGCAAUCAGGUUUCAAGUUCUUGACCUAAAUCAUAUUAUUUUAAGGUGAAAUGAUGUUUUGCUCAAUAGUAUGCUUAAAAGUGAAAGAGCCUGUUAUUUCUUCUUGGUUUUUUGGCUUUUAAUAUGAUAAACACUGACUGAACCUUAAGGAAAUCGUCAUGGGUAAAUGGUUUCGAGAGUGUACAGGUUGUUAUUAUCAAGAAACAGGUGAAAGAUAUCAGAGUGAAGCAAUUUAGGAAGCUAAUAUUCUAAUUCCUCACCAGGAACAAUAUUUCGCAUUCAACCAUUUUAGCUUGAUUCGAGCUCUAUCACAGGAUACAUAAGCACUGAUUUACCUCAAUUAUAUAGAUGUGUGGUGAUUCAACGCAACUCUUAGCAUCACCAACACACGUUUACCUUAUAUUGAGACAAGUUAAAAACGACUUACUAGUUUCAUCGCCGUCAAAAACUCUUUGGCUAAGUGACGUAAAGGUUAUUAGCAAGCCUUAUCCGUCUAACUAUUUUGCCUUUGCAUGUCAUGCCGUACCAGCGUGCCCAUUUUCUCAUCGCCAAACGACGAGCUGUCUUCGUUGAAUUACUGUCUCGGCAUAGUCUCGGAGCUCUAGGACGCGAAAUGCUUUUUUUUUCCCCGACACAGACAGUGAAACGGCUCUCAGACGUUUUUUGUUAGACAGACCAGUUUUUUUUUCCUCAAAGACGUGUCAGAGUCGAAUAUCAGUCCUCAUUGAAAGAUUUGGUUGGCCUCCCAUUUUGAUUUCGUGACAUUCGUCCAGUUCCUCUAUAUUUAAGUCAACCGUUUUGAGCCUGGUAACCACUGUACAUAAUACUUAUUGGCAAGGCCUUAUAAGUGUGUGUUCUUCAGCUUAACUCGACGCCUCCAAAACAUAUUGCCUCUUUUUUAAGGCAAUGAAACAGGGAUAUAUGGGUAGAUAAAUUGGUGAGCCAAUGGUAUAUUUAAACUGAUACGAAUUAAGAUAACUCAUAGGGGUGCGGCCGUCAGCGAAUUUUCUUCAACAAGGAGGGGGAUGGAGGGGGCUAUGUUAUAGCGUCUUAUUACAACAUGAGAGCAUACCAAGGAUUUUCUAUAGAUCACUGUUUAUUUUGGAACAUCAGCUUUGUUAAUAAGAAUAGCCUGUAAGUUUGAAACAAGAAGGUUUUGUCUCCAUUUUUUCCUCAGCAAUAUUACUUUAUUCUAUUUUAUCUCUAACGUUAUGCGGGUAUCAGCGGCCAUCCCGAGGGGUCGACCCCCGGGCAACCCAAGGGCAACCCACGGGCUUAGCAGGGGAUUUGUAGCAAAGGCAUGCCCCGCACGCGGGGCAUUAGAGCGCUUUUGCGUUUUUGGCAAAAUACCCCGGGGCCAUACCCACGGGAUUUGCACGUAAUCUGCUGUUAUUUUUGCUUUCCUACAAGGCGCAAUAAGCGUAAGAAGUGGGAGGUUUUCUGUAAGCGAGCGGAUAAAAAUUCAAGACACUCGGCGAUCCAAGAAUCUGUUCAUUGCAUUUUAAGGAAAGCGACAUCGAGAUUUCAAUUUCAUACGGUUAGUUCGCAUUCGAAGCGUCUUGCCGAUAGGAAGAGACAGUGUGAUGAACAACCGCAAGCCAAGAAAGUUUGCCCCAGAAAGCUCGAAUUUGAGGACUCCAUAGAGACUUGUGUGGAUUUUAGUGCUGAUGUGGCUUCAGUAAACCAUGAUCACUCGUACUUUUGCAUCGAGGAACAGGCAACACCGACUAUAUGUUGCCCAGGUUGCUCCAGGGGUGGGGGUAUUUGUCCCAAUUUUUUGCCCUACCCGAGGGGCUUUAGCAUAUAUUUGUCACGGCAGCUGUGACAAAUGCCCCUGGGUGCCCGGGGGUCGACCCCUCGGGAUGGCCGCUGAUACCCGCAUUAGUUCACAGACGUUUUGCUCCAUUUCAAGUUUUCCCCUACCACACUAUGUUUCGAGCAACAUUUAAUUAUGAUCGAUUCUGCCGUAACAAUUUUACGGGCGAACUGUCAAAGAUGGGGGCAACUUGUUUUACUGCAAUGGGGCGAAACCUCUAUAAACCAUAACAUUUUCCAUCCAAAUAAUUGUAAAUCAGACGAUAAGAUGAAAGAUGCAAGAUGUACCUUGAUGUGACAAGACUGUGUCAUUUAUCGAACAAUGAAAUAUGAAUGACAGUUUUAAAGUUUUUUUUUUUUUUAUUGCAGAGACAAAAAAACAUUUAUGACACUGUCCUACAGUCUUGCAGUCAAGCUUCCUCUCCCAUUUGAGCAGCAAACUUAUUCGACUACUGAAAAUCACGCAGCGGCUCUGUCGUUAUUAAAGAUGGCUGACUCCGGUGGUAUGUUUUUUUUUUUUUUUUUUUUGCCUUUCAAGGCACACGUAGAAGAGAGGGCAAUUAGAAUUAAAUGAGCGGGAUUGGGGAAAUAGAAAAUAUAAUUCCAGUGGAUUGAGCCCCUCUGUUGCUUACUGUUGCGUUAGCACUGGUUUCAUGAUUUUGACGCAUCAUGCUACAAUUUAUUCAAAUAUUCUCAGAAAUAGAUCAUAAUCUCUUGUCUCAGAUUAUGCCACAGAAAAAAUGAACGAACGUCUUCUCUCGAGAAGGCAAGAGAAUAAUGGACUCUAACUCGUACCUUCGACUUGAGUGAAGGAGGCCUAAUAACGAUGCAUGUAGGAAGCAAGAUAUUUGUGGUAAUUCCCUGAUCAGACAGUAAGAAGAAGGGUUAAGUUAAAGGGUUAACAAAUUUAAUGCUUUAGUUUUGCAGAAGCUAUUAUCAGCGUUUCAACCUAGUUUAGAAAAAUAUCAUUAUUUUCCACCGUCGAGUAGAUCAACUUCUUGUCGAAACUGACGUUGUUACGAAUGACUGAUCUGCAAGAUGCUGACAGGUUACUGUAUUCUGCUAAAAACAUGUUCAAUAAUGAUGCCUUUUAAAUACUUUUUCGAGCAAUUUUUUCGUUAAAAUUUUUUUUGUUUGCACCAAGUGUGAUUCAAUCGUGGCCUGGAAACAAGGAAGAGCUAUUCCCAUUCACCCUUGGUUUUUCUCCGCUUUCCUUUGUUCCAUUCUUUGUUUAAUUACGGGCUAAAUAAGAUUAUAUCUCAGUGGGCGAACUGGGUGUGCGUAUGUAUGCUUGUGUGGCGGGGGAAUCUAAAAGAGCGCAUGUGCGUUCAUUUUUGGUCAGCGCUUAAAUCCAGUACCCACAAGUUAGUGAAAUGUGCAAAUGCGAACAACAAGUACACGCUGUAAAUUAAUUUUGUUAUCAUGCUUUUAGUCAGCUUUAUGCGGCACACAUAGACUUAAUUUGAGUUUCAAAAGAGGAAAUACAAAUUACAGUUCACGAAGGAAACACGAUGGAAGUGACGCAUUAAAAUUAAUUGAUCACCAAACACUUCACUCUUUUCCUCGGAUAAAAUACUCCAAAGGCGUAGACUUGUUAACAAAAAAAAAUCAAAAUCAUAUUGAGAUGAAAAAUAAUCCCUACUAAACGAAGAAAAUUUUUAACGUUAAGAUUUUGCGAAAAAGGAAAAAUCCUUCGAAACACGCAAACGAUAGCAUACUGAGAUUCUUUAAUAAACAAGCAUAACUCAGGCCGCUAUCAAUAGAAUUUCACAAACGGUGCAUUUUUUUUUAACAAAAAUAUUCCGGGUUUGAAAAUAAGAAAAAAACCUCCAUCGUGUUCGUCAGGAAGCCACCUAAAGCCCCAAACGAACGUCAUUCGCCCUCUGUUUUGCCGAAUGGCAGCUGAGUGCGUAGGAAACUCGCGCAAGCUUUUAGUAUUUUGGUUUAACUUCCUCUCUGACCACCUACCGGUCAUUUGCACUCAUUUGUCUCCCCUCAACAUAAUUUAAAGCGGGCUCACUAUCCGUUGAUACAUAAGAGUUUCCUAUCCGACUUAGUUCUUUCAAAACGAGUGCAGGUCAACUUGACAAAAAUCACUUUGUGUGGAAUUCGAAUUUACUAUGACGGACUCACUAAAGCAAACUUACUCAGGUAAAGAAAGGAAAAAACUUCGUCAAUUUAGCCUACGUUUUGCUCCUUAAUUUCAAAAAAAUAGGAUUUUCAAAUUCCUUGAAAUGUCAAAUGCGGGCUCUUUUUAGCGUCGAGAAUAUGCUUAGUCUAAUCUUAACUAUUUACAAAAACAAAAUCAAUUGGUUGUUUUAACAUUUCAGAUUGUUGAAGUUUUUCCCAACGAAAAAUCGAAAACAUGAUUUUUUUAAAAAUUUACUUAAAACAAAAACAGUUGAUUGUUUUAACAUUUCAGAUUGUUGAAGUUUCGCCCAACAAAGAAUCGAAAACAUGAUUCUUUUUUACUUUACUUUAAACGCGUGUGUUUCUUUUGUUUCCCAUGAAAGGAUCCCUGGCAAUCUAUAAUCUGAAAUCUGUAAGGAGAAAGUCAAUUUUAAUUUUAAGGUCAUAAAUGUCUGAAGGUGUUUUGGUAAGAAGUCUUUCGCAUUAUUUAAAAAAAAAACCUUAAAAUUUUUCUAGGUGCUUGCUUUCAAGGAACAUCUAUCGAGUUUAAAUGUCAGAUUUUCUAAGUUUCAGUUUGAAGGCAUCACUUGGCAUUUAUCAUAAGACAUAUUGUGCUUUAAUUCUGUUGAAUUAAUGAAAGGAAAGGAGACAAAAUUAACCCAAUCGCUUGGUAAAAAAUUAUGAAAUUGAAGAAACUAUGAAUAAAUUGCGAAUUUCAAAGGAAAACUAGUUUUAAAACUUUUCCCGAUGUAAGUUCGCUGAUAUUUAAACUUACUAGAGUGCUACAAUUCAUACGAGACCGAUUUAAAGAGGAUUUAUCCGUUCAUUCAUUCAAACUUUUCCAUUGUUUUCAAUGUCAAUCCGGAUUAAUUGAAAACAAUGUUUUCAGGUAUAUCGAGGUGAAAACACUGUAUGUGUGGGCGGGAUGUGCGUCAUUAACUUCGUAAAAGACGUUGUUAGGAGGAAUUAAAGUUCUCUCUUUUGUUUUCCUCGUGUAGGAAUAAAUCAUAUAAACAUUUCCGCUUUUUUUUUUUUUUACAUUACAGUUUCAGAUUCUCUCCCCAAGAAACGCGGAACAUCCCGAAGUGCAGUCCAUUUGUGGGAAUUUUUAUUGGAGCUUUUGGCGGAUGAAAGAUACUCUUCGCUGAUAACGUGGACAAAACGUGAAAAAGGAGAGUUCAAACUUCGCAAUCAGGAAGAAGUUGCGAAGCGCUGGGGGGAACUGAAACAACGACCAGGAAUGAAUUAUGACAAACUAAGCCGGGCCCUUAGAUAUUAUUAUCAAAAAAAUAUCAUCAGAAAGGCAGGUGGAAUUUUUUUUUAAUAAUCCUUGUUGACAAAGUAAAUAAAAAAUUAGAAAUUAAUUCAGUUUUCGUUGGUAAAGGAAAAAGAGAGGGGAAUUUUAGAUUCCAGCGGGAUUCAUGCUCACCAUUUUGUUUCAUUUUCCUUGUCUUUGUAGGCUCAAGAUGUUUCUAUUUCUUGAGGGGGGAUUUGCACCAACUAUUUAGGGGGCUCUGCAACAAUCGUAAAGAAUUUAGUCACAAAACACACUGAACUCGUUUUUUGGAUACAGACACAGACAACUCCCAUUAAAUGUGCUUCUAAAGGGGAUGUAAACAAGUUAUGGUGACCAUAAUGUUAAGGAAAAGUCGUAACUCGUUAAAAGUUGGCAUUUAUUUAUUACCAUUUUCAAAUAAACAAACCAAAAAAGUGUGUGGUCGUAUCGAUUCAUCAAAUAACGUGUUAAAAAAAACAAUUUUAAGCCAACUCAAAGAGAGCCGAUACUAAAAUGCAUCUUACAUUUACAAAUUUUGCUUCGUUUAAAUGAUAGGUCAGUGGUCAGCGGUUAGUCUACAAAUUUGUAGACCUCCCCUACAAUUAUAAGCCAAUCAAAAAUCUUUACGACAGUGGGAUUCUGGAGAAGGAGGACCAAUCAAAAACUACAGAGAAGCACGAGAAGGCUUCUUCCACACGAGAAGUGUUCCAAGUAAUUUCUUAUCCAAACUACCUGAGCACCCCAAAUAUCCCAGACCUCAAAGACCCACAAGAGCCAAUCAGAAGUAAGCAUGAUCUUCACGUGCCAUCUGUUUCUGCACGAAACGAAUGUUACUUCAGUGAGGCGAGUCAUGGAAUAAGGCACAUUUCAGUGCCUGUUAUCAUGAAAUGUGGUCAUCCAACAGCUCUACCACAAAAGGUGAUCCCGGCCGAUGGCCAAGCGAUGGCAUAAAACUUUUAGUCGGGUUUAGCUCGUCAUAGUAGUGCAGUUUGUUAUAAACCGUACGGAUAACCAUAUAAGUGUCACGCAGUCUUUCAUAAAUUUUGGAUAGAACAGAUGUAAAGCAAAAUUUGAGAAGACACGUGGGUUACGGUGCUCUUUUAAAAAGACUGAGUAAUACUGUUUUUUUUUACAACAUUUAUUGAAUCAUUCCUUGCAGUUGUAAAAUUUUACAACAUUGAUUAAUUCAUACUACUCUAAGUUGUAUAAUUUUCGAAGGUCCAGGUCUUUUAAAUUAGUGUUAAUUAUAUAAUAAAAUAAGAAAAGCGCAUAAUUUAGCGAUUGAUUUAGUAGGUGCAACGAGAUCAGGGAUCAAGUUUUACCUUGUGUUCUUUUCGUGUCUGGAAAAAUACAGCUGAACCCUUCAAACAGAGGAAAGAUCAUCAAACAAAUAUAAUAGGGGGAUCGACAUCCCUUUUGAUCAGAGUGUUCUCAAUUACUUCCUGUUACCUUAAGGAUAGUAAUAUAUUUGAAAAUUUCCUUAAAACACUCUGGUGACAUUUUGGGGUUUCUUUUAUAAAUUUCGCUGAUCAAAUGUGCCUUCUUUUGAGAUUCCCAACCCCCCCUAACCAAUCUUUAGAAGUAGGUCAGUUCAGAACUAGUUUUCACUGAAGGAGUGGGGGAGGGAGGGGAGCCAAUAUGAGUUUGGGGAUCGAGAGAUUUUGUAAAAAGUAGAAAAUGUAAAAUAUUUUUAAGUGUUGACAGUCAACAUCUUAUCACUAUAAUGUGCUUUCGACUAGAUUGUAAAAAGUAGGCAAUUAUGGUACUCAGACC